GUACUCUUGAGGUUCACCUACCAUCGUGGCUAACAGCCACCUAAAUGGAAGCACUUCUUGUUGUGCACGCUCGAAACUGGUUAGCCCUCCACGAAUUUGCGCCGGUCUAACAACAAAAUUUCUCCUCGCAAAGUUCUCGUUGCAACCAUGGCCCAUGAGCCAUAAUUCCAGUGCAACAAUCGCUCAUGAGUCAUGAGCCGUUACCACCAAAGAUAGCACCUUCAUAACAUCCACAGCCUGUCUGGAGAAUAAGACACAAAAUUCCUCACCCGUCUCGCGCUACGUCCAUCUUUAGCCAAGCGAUUUCUCCACACCGCGUGAGGAGGAGCUGAGGGGUUUAUGGCCUCACACUCAGAUAAACAACCCCAAACACCCCCCUUCCCGCCCCACACCCCAACCUCUCUAUCUCUCUCCCUGGAGGAUCCCAUCAAUCCUGCCGUCUUUGGUUCCUCCAACUGCCCUCCUCUGCAUCAUGUCAUAUCCUUCAAGAGAGAGAGAGAAGCAGGGAGAUGCAUUUAGAAUCUUCUAAGCUGAUCACCUUAUUGUGUGAUCGAAGGCAGUAGCCUGAUCAGCCAAAGGCGACUAAGAGAUGGAGAAGAGAGGGUCAAUCCUGAUGCACCGGUACGAGCUUGGGAGGAUGAUCGGGCAGGGCGCCUUCGCAAAGGUCUACCAUGCAAAGAACAUCACCUCCGGCCAGAACGUCGCCAUUAAGAUCAUCCAAAAGGAGAAGGUGCUGCGAGGUGGCCUGAUCGACCAGAUCAAGCGGGAGAUCGCCAUCAUGCGCCUCAUCCGCCACCCCAACGUCGUCCAGCUCUAUGAAGUCAUGGCCAGCAAGACCAAGAUCUACUUUGUCAUGGAGUACGUCAAAGGUGGUGAGCUCUUCAACAAGGUGGCCAAAGGGAGGCUCAAGGAGGAUGCCGCUAGGAAGUAUUUCCAGCAGCUCAUUGGGGCUGUGGACUUCUGCCACAGCCGAGGGGUCUACCAUCGGGACCUCAAGCCCGAGAACCUCCUCCUCGACGAUAAUAGCAAUCUUAAAGUAUCCGACUUCGGUUUGAGCGCUCUCAGAGGCUCGCAGAGGCCAGACGGGCUGCUCCACACGGUAUGUGGCACACCAGCCUACGUCGCUCCAGAGAUCAUCAGCAAGAAGGGAUAUGACGGGGCCAAGGCCGAUAUAUGGUCUUGCGGGGUCAUCCUCUUCGUUCUACUGGCAGGAUACCUACCAUUCCAUGACUCCAAUCUGAUGGAGAUGUAUAGAAAGAUUAGCAGAGGAGAAUUCAAGUGCCCUCAGUGGUUUUCUGCUGAUGUUCGUAGGCUUGUAACCAGAAUCCUAGACCCCAGCCCCAGCACAAGGCUCACCAUCGACAAGCUGGUAGAGAAUCCCUGGUUUAACAAGGAAUUCAAGCCAGUGGUAACAUAUCCCACAGUAGAUUGCUCGGCCAACCUCGCAGAUGUGCAUGAAACUUUCAGGACUGAUUGCGAAGAUGACGAAGGGGAUAUAAGAACUGAAGGAUCCGAGACGAUGAGACCAUCAAGUUUGAACGCGUUCGACAUUAUCUCCCUGUCCCCAGGAUUUGAUCUUUCAGGCCUGUUCGAGAGGGAGAGUAGACAGAAGCCAGAAACAAGGUUUACAACCCAGAAGCCAGCAUCCACAAUAGUGUCUAAGCUGGAGGAGAUUGCUGAGAUGGAGCGGUUCAAGGUCAAGAAGAAGAAGGAUGGGCUUCUGAAGUUGCAGGGGAGCAAAGAAGGAAGAAAGGGGCAGCUUGCAGUCGACGUGGAGAUUUUCGAGGUCACACCCUCGUUUUAUUUUGUGGAGAUGAAGAAAUCGGCCGGAGACACAUUAGAGUACCAUAAGUUCUGCAAUCAAGAUAUGAGGCGUUCCCUAAAGGAUAUUAUUUGGACUUGGCAAGGAGUGGAUCAGCAACAGCUCCCAGUGCUACCGCUGGCGCCGCCGCCCAGCCUCAACCAGGACGGAUGAUCUCCCCGUCUUGUGGGUCCCCCGUCCUGAUGUUUCCAAUUCCUGUUUUUGUUUUAUUAUGAUAGUCUUCCGAGGACAUUGUAGGUUUGCUUAUUAGAGUAAUAUACCAUAUUACCCUUUUUCUCCUCUUUUAUUUGCACUUGUAAGCAAUAGAUCUUGCCGAAGAAAACCUCGUGCAGAAACCUAUUAAUAUUAUUAUUUAUAGCAAGUGAAGAUAAAUA